AUGACGCGCUUCCUGCUUUCACUUGCUGCCCUGGCUUUGGCUCCAGCCACUGGGCUGGAAGCUGAUGCUUUCGGCUGUCAGGAUUCCUCCAGCUGUAAGCAAGGAACUUCCUUGUUGCAGCACGGUUCUCGCAAAGUCGCAUCGUCUGCACAUCGGCAGGUCGCGAUCGGCAAGAUCGAUUUCGACCCUGCAAAGCUUCGGCAUGCGCAAGGCGAAAUGCAGGGCUUCGAUAUGAACGGGCGCCUCUGCGCUCUGUGCGAGACGCCCUCUGAGGAGCGUGCGCCCGGAAACACAUUCGUGCAGCGCAGCGACUGCGGCAAUCACAGCAUCUUCGAGCACCCGGAUAAGGCAUUCCUGCCUUUGAGCAGCUUCAGGAAGGAGGCCACAGAAGAACAAAAUGAAACCAACGCCUGGUGCGAGCUCAACCUUGAAAAGGGCUGCGCUGAUGCUGUGUACAACAAGGACUACCUGAUGUUCGCCAAAAGCGUGGAGCUUUCCAAAGUACCCAUUUUUGGCUACUCAGUGAAUUCCUUCGACCAGCACUACUGCUACUACAAUGGCUGGCUGGAACCUGAGAUCAGGGCAUUGCAGCACGACUACGAGGGCAUGACUGCCAAAGGCAAAGAGCUGUGCAAGUCAGAGCACCUUGUGCAACUUGGCGCGAACGGAAACAUGACCUUGAUGGACAUGAUGAUGCAUUACUUGCCGUAUCUGCCGGGCACGCCCAUCAGCAAUCCAAACAUCGGCGCCGCCAACUUCCUUGCAGCAUGGACCUGUGCCAUGGGCAGCUCAGCGUGUGACAUGACCUACUGUGCCUACUCAUUCUGCAGGAAGGCGGACGGCAGCUUUGGUACCUACGAAGAGCUGACUGGCUCUGUUCCACCAGCUACCGACACCACUAUGCAGGAACAUUGGGUUGCGUAUGCACGGGACGGCCAAUUGCGGGCAGAAAGCAUUGGACGGAUAAACGCCUCCUUCAAAGGUGUGAUAGCUCAGGAGUCCAACAAGCGCUCCUUCCGCACAGUGCAGGUUGAGAAGGUCCGGUGCAUGCAGGAUCCAGAAACACAGCCUAAACUUCGAGUGGAGAGUAGGUUCCAUGAGGAAAGGAAGGAAAUGCAGUUGGUCCACGAACGCGCCAAGCAGACGGAGCAGAAGCUGAAGGAACAGGAGGAGCACUACACUGGUGUGGUUCAGGAGCUGAAGGCAAAUCUCAAGAAGACCGAGGAAGAGAGGGACAAAGCAAACGAUGAGGUCAAGGAGACCUCGAAGCAAAGGGAAGCAGAGACUCAAGCCCACCAGGAAGAGAUGGAGGCUGAGCAGCAGAUGGCGCGAGAUGAGCGCAGCAAAAACGAGGUCUUGACAAAGGCACGGGAAGAUCUCGAGAAGGAAGUCAAGGAGAAGGAGAAGCAGGUGCAUGAAGCCGCGGUGCAGCAUACUGAGCUCAACAAGAAGCUGACCCAGCUCGAGGCCAAAAUCGAGGAGGAGCGUAAGUUGGCGCAGACCAAACUCGAGGAGGAGCGAAAGUUGGCGCAGGCCAAAAUCGAGGAGGAGCGUGCAAAGGCACAGGCCAUCACCAAG